UCAGAGAAACUCUGUAUAAACUGUUCCCUUGGUACUCAUGAAGCUCUGGAAUCACAAGAGAUAACAGACUCAUUGCACUUUAACUUUAUAAAUACUCACAGUUUGUGUGGAGCACAAAAACCAAGCUCUCCAGUCAGAUAUGAAAAAGCCAGUUUGUCUGACUGGAAAUGCACAAGGUGGAUGCUUCCAGAACCAGGAUUGACUCACUGUCCAAACAGGCGCUUGCAGGCAAAAGAACAUGGCAAAAGGCAAUCGUACCACAGUGACCGAAUUUGUCCUCAUGGGAUUUACAGACCGUCCUGAGCUGCAGCUCCCUCUCUUUGUGGUGUUCCUGGUCAUUUAUCUCAUCACCCUGGUGGGAAACCUUGGCAUAAUCCUGCUCAUCAAAGCAGACUCACGGCUCCACACCCCCAUGUACUACUUCCUCAGUCACCUGGCAUUCAUUGAUCUUUGUUACUCAUCUUCCAUUGCGCCCAAGAUACUGCAAAAUUUAUUGGUGAAGAAAAAAACCAUCUCCUUUUCAGGCUGUUUUGCUCAGCUGUACUUCUCCGGUGCUUUUGCCACUACAGAAUGCUUCCUCUUGGCCACAAUGGCCUAUGACCGCUACAUGGCCAUCUGCUACCCCCUCAUUUACACAGCCAUUAUGACGCAGCGGGUCUGCAGGGAGUUGGUGAUAGGGGUCUAUACCUACGGCUUCCUAAACUCUGUGAUACAGACAGCUCUGACGUUCCAGCUGUCCUUCUGCGACUCCAACGUCAUCCACCACUUCUACUGUGCUGACCCCCCUCUCCUGGCCCUCUCCUGCUCUGACACUUACAACAAAGAAAAGCAGCUCGUGAUCCUUUCUGCAGUGAAUCUCUCUGGGUCCCUCCUGACCAUCUUCAUCUCCUACAUUUGCAUCCUCUUUUCCAUUAUAAAAAUCCAGUCUUCCAAGGGCAAGUGCAAAGCAUUUUCCACCUGUGCUUCCCACCUCACUGUGGUCACCAUCUUUUAUGGGACAUUGUUUUUCAUGUAUCUGUGGCAACCAAAAGUGGGGAAUUCAUGGAAGCAAAACAAAGUAGUCUCUGUGUUUUAUAGUCUUGUAAUUCCCAUGCUUAACCCUCUGAUAUACAGCCUGAGAAACACAGAAGUAAAGGAUGCCCUAAAAAAAAUGUUAGAGGACAAAGAGUUGUAGCGAGUGAGUUAACGGAAUACAGCAUAUUGAAAGUUUGAUAUAUUGACAAGUAUACUCUCUCUAAUUAAGUUUAGAUUUAGUAGUCCAAUCAGGAAGCAAUUUGGGAAGUAAUCCAAUUUGGGAAUUUUAAUGACCAAAGUACUGGGCCACUUAUUUAACAUAGUAAUAUUGAAUCCAGUUAUCAUGAACUAUCAAAAUUGACUUACAAGCUAGAAUGUCAAUAACUCUGUCCUUCAUAUGCUGAAGAAGAAAUGGUUUACUACCAAUUAAAUAGUAAUAUAAGCUCUAAAUUCAAAAAGAUCCUGAAAAGCAACAUUCUGGGUGAAACUAUAAUUUAACAAAACUAGGUACAAAACCUACAUAUAAAAAUCUGUUAUUAGAAAGACUUUUCAGUUUACAAUGUGAAAAAUGUACUGUAUUGUAUUGUAAAGAGUCAUUGAUUAGUCUUAGAAUAUAUUUCUUCAUAACACUUUGCUACAGACGGUGAUUAAGUUUCAAGACCCACUCACAAAAACGUUAUUUAAUCCAAAGGUAGUUGAAAUACUGUAUGCUUUAAAUAAACAAUAGAAAAUAUAGUAUUGCAGCAAUAGUAGGGGGAGAAAAGAACAAAAAAAAACCUGUGAUGCAAUUAGAUGUGGAGUUUGUUUAGAAAAGAAAGCUUAAUUAAAAGAGAUGAAGAGAAGGUUUAGGAAACUUUUAGAGAUGUUAAAAACAGUCAUUUUUUCAACAGUCAGUUCAAUUUUUCUAGUCUCUGGAAAGUGGAGCCACAGUGAGUUUUUUGGGAGGGGGUGAGGGUUUAGUAAGGAGAAAAAGGAAUGUAAAGAGGGAGAGUUUGGGGAGGUAAUCAGGCCUGGGUAUAUGUGAAUGUUUCUAAGAAAUAAAAUUAUUGCCUUAAUUAAUUUGAAUGAUCUAGAGAAAUACUUUAGUUUUGCAACAGCUUCCACGUUCUUUAUUUUUGUUUUCACAGAUCCGACAUUCCAAUUUCUUGGAAAUAAGGCUAUAUAAAUUCUUGCUGUUUUGGGGGAUAGGUGAAAGAAAAAUCUCUAAUUUCUUUUGUUUAGGCAAAAAUAUGAGCAUUCUGUGGUUUUUCCAAGCUCAAUUCUAAUACUUCUUUCAAAAUAAUUGUUAAUGCAAACAAAUCUGCCAUAAAAAUUUUUAUGUUCCUCCUAUUUUCAAAAGUGAUUACUAUUAAGUAAUUUUUAAUGGUUCAUAAAAUAUACUACUAAUUAAUUACAAGUAAGUUUUAAAUUAAUCAAAAACUAAGAGGUCCCUGUUGUUCCGACAUUAACUCUGCAGAUAAUAAUAUGGGAUCUCCAUUUUAUUGUUGCUUAUAAUCAGAUUAUUUAGAAAAAUAAAAAGAGUUAAAUAUUUACAACUCCUCUUAUUUGGCAGAAAGCCUUUCCGGAAAGUUGAGGUAUAAGUUGUUUCGCUAAGCACUUGAAAAUGGAGCGUUAGCUAUGGUGAAAAAGGAGGACACUAGCAGGAAAAAGGAACAGAGAGAAGAAAGGCAAGAAUCGAGCCAGAGAGAGAGGAGAGGUUUCACAGGUAGGUAAUGAGCAACAGGGGAACAGGCAAAGUGGAAAGGAUAAUGCUGAGGGAUUAUAAGAGCCUGGGCAUUAGACAUGAGCUCCCCCUUGAGACCAGGCAAAUUAUCUUCUUCACUUUGUACCCCAGCCCCUACAGCAGUUCCUGGCAUAAAAGAGAUGCAUCAUAACUGUUUGCUGAACUGAAUUGGACUCUUUUGUGUUUAUUCCUAAUUCCCAUGGCUGGGUGGACAUAGUGCCCAGCAAUAGUCCUGCGAUGUGGAAGUGACAGAAAAAAGGAAGCUAGUGGGGUUAUGACCGCAAAACUGUGAAACUAACAUCCAUGAGGUGGGGAGACAUACAAAGGCAACAAUGCAAACUGACCAGGGAAAGAGAUGCAUUUAGGAAGUUGGUACAUUGGGAAGAUGGCACGAGCUGGAGCUAUUGACAGACUAUAACCAUCAAGGGACCAAUGCUGCAGAACAAGGUUGCUGCUAACUGAGAUAAAGAUGAGCAUGGAUCAAUAUCUAGAUGGAAAAUUGUGCUUUCAAUCAAAAGCUAUGUCUAUUUCUUAAACUUAUUUCUCAAACUCCCCAUGUUGGUUUAAUUUGGAGGGCAAAAAAUAACCACUCACUAGAUAUCACAUGUUUAAAUACAUGCCUAUCAGCAAACGAAUUCUAUUCAUGUUUUAAAAGAGAUAUUUGGUCUAAAAAUUUCAUCAGUUUUCAGUUCUUUUCAAAGAAACCUGAAGAAAAUGUCACAAGACCUCUCCAUAAUAGCUUCCCAGCUGUUGAAUUUGUACACUUUGCUCAACGUGCUUCCUUAAUUACUCUGUAAAACAAAGCAGAAAAUUGAGAAUAUUGUAUUCAUGGAUUGCGAAGGAUAUAAAUCUAUAUUUUACUAAAUUUCCCAAAAACUUGAAAAGCAAAUAGGUAUUAGAAAAGGUCAGACUCAGCUAAUUUUUGAGCUAAGAAUUCCCAUUUUCUUUUCCCAUUGAGAUUCAGCCUUAUAAAUUUAUCUCCGUGACUCUGGCCAUAUAAAGUAAGAAAAGUCUCAAGUGAGGAAUUCUCAAAUUAAUUAUUUUCAUUAAAAAAUAGAGUACUAUAUACAUGUGUAGUAUUAAUAUGAUAAUAUGUAAGCCACAAGAGAGACAAAUAUAAUCAUACACAUUUGUUUUCUUAUAAAGUGAGGCUGUUUCAGUCAGUACAUAUAAUAAUUACACUAAUUCCUCAGCCCAAAGUAAAUAGCUUCUGAAUUUGUAAAUGUUACCAAAAUAGUGAAAGAUUUAUCAGAAUUUAAAAGCGUAACAUUUUAUUGAAAGUGAAAAUAAACUAUUCUCAUGUGCAAACCGCGUAUUUAUCUUCCUUAUGGUAAUCCUAAAACUGAAUGUUAUUUUUCAGCAUUCACCACUUAGACUUUUCAUUAACAAAUCUGAUAUGUAUCUGAAAUACUUAU